GCCGGUGAGUAGGUCAGUACACCUUUGACCUGUCAACCAAAAAGGUCAUAUCUUCUUGUUCCUCUAUUGCUGAAGUCCUCUAAAACAACCACCAACAUGUCUGACUCUCAAGAAGUAGGCGUCGUGCUGGCCUUCGACCUGCCCGUCAACCUGGCCAAGAUCGGCACCGGAUACCUCCAGGACAACCCGAUCGCCGGCUUCCUCAUCUCCCUGCUGGCGUUCUUCGUCCUCAUGGCGGUGCUGGCGGUGCCCAUCUCGGCGCUGUUCGGCAUCGAGAUCUUCCCCGGACUCCUGCCGCAUGCUAGGUCCUUGGGUGGCGACCUGAACUUAUCCACGAUGCUGAACAACUUAAUGGGAUCCCAAGUGGUGACGGACUUCUUGGAGGAACCUCUUGAAGACUUCGUAGACCGGAUACUAGGCAACCGACAGGCCCGAGCUAUAGACACCGUUGGCACUUUCGUCGGGCGCGCUGCCAGUGCCAUGGCUCCCUUGGUGUCGGUCUUGGACUAUGACAAUGCCUUCGUCGCUGUGCAGGUGCCAGGAGACGAGUGCCGCCAGCGCCUCAUGUGCCACGUCCACACCCAGGUGUCACGUCUUCCUCCUCUCCUUCAGGAAGCCUACGGAUGGGUCGGGCCACACAUGCAGCACCAGCAGCGGUAUUCCAGCGCCAUCCUCACGGGCUUGUCAGGAGGUGACUGCCAGCGGGCGUUCCCUGACUGUCCUUAUAACGUGAUACAGAUGGCGUCGUUCGUGCCUUUCCUCAAGAACAAGAACGUGAAGAACGAGCUGUAGACGGUGUUAUAGAGGGGACUCGUUGGUGGGGAUGAACACUGAGUGAUUGUGAUAUUGAUUUCGUGGAGUUCACGGCAAGACUGAACUCGUUCUUGGAGGUUAUUGUGGCAUCGAGUUCAUUGAGUUUAUUUCAAAAUAUUUCGGUGAAUUUCUUGCAACACUUGGCUCAUUGAGUUCAUUGUAAUAGAUGUUGAGAAAAAGUUAUGAAUGAUAGGGAAUCAUAAGGCGAGGUGAGGGAUUUAAGAUUCGAUCCCUUUCUGUCCUCAAUCGAAUUGUCUUUGUGAUAGUAUUCAAUCUCAUUCAUGACUUUUUUUUAAGCAUUUAUGAAAUUUUCUUUGGAAGGUGAUACAAUGGAAGUAGGCAGCCACGAUUUUGAAUUGGAUUCAUCUGUUCAAAUAUUCCUUUUUUAUAAAUCGUGAUUAGCCAAGAAAAAAAUAAGAUUAAGCGGAUAGAUGUAAAACACGACGGGCGUUGGUAAUGUCAAAAAUCAUAUAUACUGUUUCAGAUUUUUUCUCUUGCUCUGAACUAGCACAAAACGCGUUAAAACUCCCUUUGUUUUGUGGUAUGACUCCAAGCCAGUGAAGGCUGAAGAUUUUCA